UCCACAUUCACAGCGCUUAAAAACAAACACGUGAAGCAUCUACAGAGGACUUCUUAGCGGAAUGUUUGCAAAGUCAACGUUUUCUGUACACACUCCAUGCUGUUGCUGUGAUGGCUGAAAUCAUCCUGGCGGAUUUGGUUCAUCCCGGUUGUUCUCGGUACACACAGUGUCUCGAGGAGCGCGUGAACAAACUACUGAACUCUCUAGGAAAUGGCACGAGGCAACCUGUUUACAUUUUUAUCCAACAGCACGUGGGCUGGUCUGAAGAACUCACUAAGACGUUUGUUAUGGAGAAGUGCUCUGGUCUGAACGGACACGUCUAUGUGUUAACAGACGACAGUUGUGUAGCCGUGCUGUACGCGUUCAAGCAAGCCGCGGACGAGCUGAACGUUAGACACGUGCACGUGAUGACGAGCCAUGCGCGGCGCGAGGAGAUGCAGGCGUGUGAGAAGCAGCUCUUUACCGAGGUCUACGCUUUCACCUACAACAGUGUGCUGGAAUGCGACUCCUGCGCCUUCACACAAGUCAACAACACCUGCCUCCAGCUCACUCAGCUUACAGAGCAAAUCAGCGGCUUCCUACAGCGCCUCCCAGCGCUCCGAGGAGAAAUUACAGUCCUUAAGUCUUCACUCAUCUCAGAUUGCUUUGCACAUGGCUUUACCACAAGAACAGGAGGAAUUUCCUACAUCAGCACUCUCAGCUCCCUAAAUCUGUUUAGCAGUCCCCGUCGCAGAGACUCACGCGCUGUAGUGGCUGAGAAUCUUCGCCGCCUUGGCUUGCAUGCCGGCUUUCAGCCUCAUCAGUUCCAUCUCUCUAAGGCUAACCACGGCAGUGAUGUGUGGGUAAUGAACAAGCCAGAACCUGAGAGUUAUGAUGGCAUUGUGACCAAUCAGCCAGGUGUUGUAAUAGCAGCCCCAGGAGCUGACUGCAUGCCGCUGCUUUUUGCUGACCCUGUGGGAAAGGUCAUUGGAGUAGCACAUGCAGGCUGGAAGGGAACUCUCAUGGGAGUUGCUAUGGCAACAGUAAAUGCCAUGGUGCGGGAGUUUGGCAGUGAGCUUGCUAACGUGGUGGCUGUGAUUGGGCCUUCUGUUGGACCCUGCUGUUUCUCUCUGGAACAAAAUUCUGCAAAAAAAUUUCAGGCCAUCCAUUCAGACUGUGUCAGAGACACAGAGUCACCCAUGCCUUAUGUGGAUAUCAGACUUGCCACUAGGGUCCUCCUGGAGAAAGGUGGUCUCCUCCCAGAGCACAUCCAGGAUAACACAGUGACAAACAGACCGAACCUCACCCUCUGCACCUCCUGCCAUUCUGACUUCUUCUUCUCCCAUGUGAGAGAUGGCCUCAACUUUGGCACUCAGAUUGGCUUCCUAUGGAUCAAGGAACCUCAAGAGUUUAAACAAUAGGAUCUUUAGAAUCAGUGCCUGAGCUAUACAAUGUCAACAUCUCCAUUUGUUGCAGAAACAAAAAGCAUCUAUAUUCACAGUACUUUCAAUACUGAGUUUGGUUAGAUGUGUACAUCUGAAGAUAAACUGUAUUUAGACAUAUUGCUGCCAUACCACUUACCUCAUCUCAUGUUUUCUGAAGACUGAGAGCCAUUGACAGGCUUUUUGCAGAUAGUAGGAGUAAAUAAUGCAUUUUUAUUAUAAUUUGUUUGUUUUAAUGAAUUGCAAUGCUAUUUUGAUUAAGUAAUAUGAACAAUAGUUAGCAGCACCUCUCUGUAUUCUCCCUGUAGAGGUAUACUGAGUAUAUCAUUCUGAUAAUUCUCUAAGGAGCUUCAAUAUUCAUUUUCUAUGGUAGGCUAUUUCCAGUAGCUGAUCUAUGUGGGGGAGGUCAGUUUCUAAGAGUGCCCAGUAUUAGAGAGCCACUGCAGUACAUGUUAUCCUAUUAGUAGAAUACUACUAUUUAAAAUUUGUAAGAAUUAUAUAUACACGCUGUUAAUGCAGCAUUGCCACCGAAAGGCUCCAAGGUCCACCAAUGGUGCAUCUCUGCAUUGUGCCUUGAUUCACAAUGAUCUUAAUUAAUUCGUAAUUAAUUCAAAUUCAAAUUUUAUUUGUCACAUACAAGUAACAAAUGUAUUGAAAUGUGUUUUAUGACUGUUCCUUGUAGUGAGAAGAAAUACAAUAGAAAUUAAAAUGAAAAGGAUAAAUAAAGAGAAAAAAAAUAAACAAUGAACAUAGAUCUAUGAAUCUGAAAAUAAGGAUUAAUACAAAAAUUAAGAAUAAAAACAGAUCUGUAUAAUAUGCAAUGAAUGGGAUGGAAUGCAGUUAAGUAUGUUAAAUAUAAUUUAUAUAUGUUAUAUACAUGAUAAUAUGCAAAGUAUGUAAAAUGACCAGUGCAAAAAGAGUUCAAAAAGAGUUCCAAAGUGAUGUGUGCAAUGUAUGGUGCUCAAAAUGUCCUGUGUGAGUCCAUAGAGACCUGGUUCUAGGUGUUCUGUUGCUUGAGGGCUUGGAUGGCAACAGUGAUACAACAGUGAAUGAAUGAAUGAAUGAAUGAAAUAUUGAAUAUGUGUGUCAGAACUAUUAAAUGGCACCAAACAAUAAAUAUAAAAUCGUAACUAA